AUGGCAGAGCAUUCGAUUGAUGAGGGUGACUGGGAUGAUGAUGUUAAAAAUAAAUACAAACCCCCAGAAAAACGUACUUUGGAUGAGUUGAAGAGCUUGGAUAAGGAAGAUGAAAGCUUGCAGAGGUAUAAACAAGCUCUUCUAGGUGCUGCUGUCUCAACCAUCAAUGCUCCAUUUCCAGAUAAUCCCUCAAACGUUGUGGUUGAAAAGUUUUGCAUACUUGUUGAAGGACAGCCUGAUAUUGAAUUCAACUUACGAGGUGACCUCUCCUCUCUUAAAUCCAGGCCAGUUCAAAUUGUUGAAGGCUCUAGUUAUCGCAUCCAAGUGAUAUAUUACGUACAGCGUGAUAUUGUUUGUGGGCUUCGUUUCAAACAGUGGACAAAUAGAGGUCCUCUUCGAGUCGAUAAAGUAUCUGUUAUGCUUGGCAGUUAUGGUCCACAAGCUACACCGUAUGAAUGGAAAUCUGAGCCAGAAGAAGCACCAAAAGGUGCUCUGUCUCGUGGUACCUAUCAUAUUAAAAGUCAAUUCACGGAUGACGAUAAAACAGACUAUGUCACUUGGGAAUGGUGCAUCAAUGUUAUCAAAUAA